AUUUGACGGUUUUAAGUUCACGAAGAACAUUAGAGACGAACGAUGGAGGAAAAACUGCCCGAAGAUCUGGCGAAUCUCUCCGAGCUGGACGAGAAAAGUUUGCUGGAGGUUUUGACUGGACGCUUUACACAGAACCUCAUCUAUACCUAUAUAGGAGACAUCUUGGUGGCUAUUAACCCAUUUAAAUAUCUUCCAAUCUAUGAAAAAGAGGUAUCUGAGCGUUAUAAGUGCCAUGAGAAGAAGUCUUUGCCCCCUCAUAUAUUUGCUGUGGCGGACCGGGCCUAUCAGUCCAUGCUGGGACGACUGGCCACAGGACCCAAGAACCAGUGUAUCGUGAUCAGGUUUGUGUUAUGAUCAAAGUAAUUCACCAGAACCAGUGGUUUCUCCAGGAGAGCAUGUCUGAGGAGUUUUUUUAGAAACUCUAGAUGGUCAUAUGGUGACAUGUGUCAGUACAGUAUGAAAUUUCUUGCCCAGUCAUGUUUGUUUUUUCAGUGAGACAUGUAGAAACAAGACCAGCAUUCCCUCAUAUUUUUGACAUAUCAGAUAAAAGUCCUCAUGUCUGUUUCAUUUAAAAACACAAGCAAAACCUUAUUGACACACUGUUAUUUAUGGAAGCCCGUUUCUGCCACA